AUGUUGAAGAUCUGGUCUAUGAAGCAGCAGCAGGCGGCGUCUAAUGCCGAGGGCGGCCCGAAGAAGAAGAAGGUGACGGCUGCUCAGCUGCGCGCUCAGAAAGAUAUUACGGAGUUGGCGCUACCGUCGACGAUGAGGACGAACUUCCCGGACCCGGAGGAUAUAUUGAAUUUUACGUUGACUAUUGAGCCGGAUGAAGGAAUGUAUAAGGGCGGAUCGUUCAACUUUACGUUCGCGAUUAACCAAAACUUCCCGCAUGAGCCGCCGAAGGUUAAGUGCACACAAAAGAUCUACCACCCGAACAUCGACCUUGAGGGUAACGUUUGCCUGAACAUCUUGCGUGAGGACUGGAAGCCGGUCCUGAAUUUGAAUGCGGUGAUCGUGGGGUUGCAGUUCUUGUUCCUCGAGCCAAACCCGUCCGACCCGUUGAACAAGGAAGCCGCAGAGGAUCUCCGACUCACGAGAGAGAAUUUCAAGAGGAAUGUGAAGAGCUCCAUGCAGGGUGGGUAUAUCAAGAACGUCCAGUUCGAUAAGGUGUUGAAAUAA